AGGAAAUGCUCACAGUGUUGCUCCAUUGUGUGGGGCAAGUGUGGACAGUGAGAGGCGCAGAUGUUGGCUGUGGAAGGGGACUGCAAUCCCAAUCCAGUCCUGGACCAGGAGCUGUCUUGUCAUCGGGAUUGAGUGGAUCCAGGGCACCAGGUCCAGGACUCUGACUCAACUUGUGCUGCUUCUGUCCUCAAGCUUCCUGCACCCCAACCAGCUUGAGUCAGCGUGGAAGAAGAUUGUGAGAGCAAACACAGGCAGGACGAGGAAGCAAAGAGGACCCAGAAAGCAGAAGUGGGCCCUGCAGAGAGGUCCCUCUGUGAGAGACUUGAAAUUGUCCCCCUCAGGAGCCUGGCAUUGCUGUGGGUGACGUCUGUGCUGCAGACAUGACCCCAGGGGACGGGAGGCCGUGGCUGCCUGCAGCGCUGCUCCUUCUGCAGGUCCCAGGUUGUUGGUCUCUGCAUGGCCCCCCCUCUGUGACGGGCACUGUGGGGGGAUCCCAGAGCGUGCAAUGUCAGUACGAGGAGAAAUUCAGAGAGACUCCCAAAUACUGGUGCAAGAGCCCAUGUGUGAGGAGGACGCUAAAGACCGAAGGGGCAGACAUUGAAGGGAGGAAGGAUCGUGUGUCCAUCAGGGACCAUCCUGUAAACCUCACCUUCACAGUGACCUUGGAGAACCUCACAGAGGAUGAUGCCGGGACAUACUGGUGCGGGAUCGAUACAUCAGGGAAACCAGGAUAUUUUUUUGACCGCACCUUCCAAGUUGUGUUGUCUGUGACCCCAGCCAGCACUGCAACCCCCAGCUCUGUGAGGUCCCCCAGCACUCCAGGUCUUCACAGGACACUGCCAGUCCCCACAUGGGACACUGCGACCCGGCAAGAGUCCUCCACUUCCAGCCAACGUCCUGGGCCCUCACUGGAGAGUCAUCCUAUUGAAGACCAGACCACAGAGGGAGAGAAGAGGUCCCUACUGAUCAGCAUCUACUUUCCUCUCCUUCCUGGUCUUGCUUGGAGGUGCCCCUGGUCCUGAGCAUGCUCAGUGAUGUCCUCCAUGGGAACAGGCCUCAGAGGGCAUCUAGAGGGAGGUGGCUUCAGCCUGAUAAAGCCAGUAAUGCCAACUGCCCAUUAAAGGAUAGGAAGAUGGGGUGCACGGGAAGACGGUGGGCAUGAGAAAGGAAUCCAGAUUCAUUGAAACCAAAUGACAAAGAGCCUGUUUGGGUUUGGAUUUCCUGAAAUCAGAUGGGGAGACAAGGACUUAGGUGCGAUUAGUCUAUGGAAUGGUGAUCCCGGGAAGCAUAAAAAGGGAACGAGGGGAUGGGUAAAGCCAAUGAAGCGGGCUUUGAUGGAGGAACUACCACAGGUUAACUGGGCUCCGUCACUGGGUAUCCUCGGAUGUGCUGUGUAGGACGCACCCCACAGAUGUCCCACCGGCCCUGAAAGCUGAGACAGUGAGCAACAUCCAUCUGUCCUCAUGUGGGGAAGAUGGUGGGGCUUCCUGUUGCUCACAGAAAAUGAGGGACGUCCCCUUAUCUAGAGAGAGUAGUGCAGGCAGAGAGGCUUCUUAUACUCUCACAGAGUGAUGAGGGAAGGCCCCUCAUCUGAAGAAAGAGUCUGGCAGGCAGAGGGUCCCUCCUGGGGACAUGGAUUCUGUGGCAUUUCUGGCCUAUUCUGCUCAGCAAGCUGAACUCUCCUAUAGCUAAAGAGAGUCCUCAGGCAAAGAGGUGAGGGAGCUGGAGGGGGGAAACCACUGGCCGGUCCAAGACUGUCCAGAGCUGGCCUGGAGUUCAAGUGGGCAAAGAGGAUAUGAGCCAGGGUGCCAGGCGGGUGUGCAAGAGGGUCCCAAUGUGACCUUGGAGAGGACACCGCCAAACCAUAGGCUGAGAGCCAGGGGAGGGGCUGGCGAGGUGGAGAGCUUCUAGAAAGGUCCCGUGUAGGGAGGGGACACAGCAUUUGUGAGGAGCUGGUGUGGGGACAGUUACUGGGACCCACAGGUGAGGGGACUGGCCAUGAGCUGAGCUUGGGGUGGUCACAUCUGGAGGCUGAUGGAGGUUGUUAAGCAGUUUCAGCAGAAGAGCUUCUCCAGCAAUCAUAUUGAAACUGAGUCCAGACUAGGUUGAGAGAGGAGAGCUUUUAUAAGGGAGCAUUUCACCCUCAAAAUCUGCCCCCGCAGGAGCAAGGGAGUGUUGAGGGUUGUGGGUUCAGAGGGCUGUUUCUGGGAGCCAGAGCCUCCUGGGUCCCUUCUUCUCCCUCUCUCUCCAUUCCUUCCCACCACACCUCAAGUGUCUGCCGUGUCCUGAUGCUCAAGGUCAAGUCUUGAAUGGAGGACAGGACUCUGGGCCUCAGUGCUGGUCCAUCCAGCUUUGAGGCUGAUAUUGAUUUUUGAGGCCACAGGACCUGAGCACAAAGGCAGGUGGGGACAGAGCCUGGGCCUCAUGUCCAGGAGAAACUCCUGCCAGUCACCGUGUCCCUCCUACAGGUCCCUGCUGGGCAGCGUCCACUUCCUGCUCCUCGUUCUGCUGAAGGUGCCCCUGUUUCUGAUGAUGCUCAGUGCCGUGUUCUGGGUCAACAGGCCUCAGUGGGCAAUUUGUGGGCACCAGAGUCAGCCUGAUGAAGACAACCUGCAGCCCUCCUUGCCCAUCGAUAUCCUGUCCAGAGACAACACCACGCAGACCAGAAGAGGAAGAACUUCUGGCCCGAGACCUGUCUCCUCUCCCCUUAUUGCCAAAAACUGGUAACAAACAAAUCAUUCAAUACUUGAGUGAAGCAAUGAGAUCCAUCACUCACACAAGUCGAUGUGUGUGGUGUUUUGCUGGGAAGAAUGGAGGAGGGACGCCCUAGGACUCGUAGCUUGCUGGUGCACAGCCCAGGUGACUAGAGAGCCUGAGGUGAGGGAAGACCUGCUUGUCCAUGACCUUGUCAUCCUGAGAACCCCCAGUGCUGGCUCUCAACUCAACAUUCCUUCCUUCCUACAACCACUCACCAAAUAUUCACCUAAAGCCUGUGUAGCACCAGCCUAGUUUCUAGGUGCUGGGAAGAAAGCAAUCAACAAAACAAGGCCUUUCUAUUUGAAUGGGUGUUUUUGAAAACUAAAUAAAGAAUAUUGGUUUAUAAGAAGAA